AACAGCCUAAAACAUGAAGCCUGAGGUUGAAGUAAUAUUGGAAGAGAUAAUCAAGCCAUCUUCUCCGACUCCUCAACAAUUUCGCCAUUACCAACUCUCCUCACUUGAUCAACAAAUACCACCAGUUUAUAACCAUCUGGUCUUGUUCUACCCCGCCACAACCAAUGCCCAAACCUACAACUUUAAGCUGUCGGUAUCCCAGGCCCUAACCCACUUCUAUCCCCUAGCGGGACGCAUCAAAAACAACUCCAUUGUCGACUGCAAUGACGAGGGGAUUCCCUUUAAAGAAGCCCAAGUCAAGUGCCGGCUUUCAGAUUUUUUACACGAUCCACUCCCUCAACAACUCAACAAAUUGUACCCUUUUCCUCUCGAUGAUGCUGCGGAGUUGCCCAUGGGGAUCCAAUUCAACACUUUCCUUUGUGGUGGAAUCGGGAUUGGUGUGUGUGUUUCACAUAAAAUCGGCGAUGCUUUAUCCUUUUUUACGUUUUUGAAUUCGUGGGCAGCCAUUGCUCGUGGGGACACGAAGAACGUGGUCUUGCCUGAGUUGGUAUCGGCCAAGCUUUUUCCCCCGCGGAACGUAUCAGUGCCUGAACCAGUAAUGGAAAAAAGUGAAAAGAAUAUAGCGACGAAGAGGUUGGUGUUCAGUGCUUCUAAAAUAGAGGAAAUCAGAGCGAAAUACGCUGUCGAUCAUGAAAUCCGCCCUUCACGUAUUGAGGCCUUGUCUGCUUUCAUAUGGAGCCGCUUCAUUGCUUCCACUAAGGAAAAACCAAGCCCUAAUGGAUUCUACGUGAUUUUUCAUACAGUUAAUAUACGUACAAAAUUUGAGCCCCCGCUGUCAGCUCAGUCUUUUGGGAACAUUUUUCGACUUGCCGUAACAGUUCCUUCCCUGGACAAUGGAAAAGAUGAUGGGUCUAAACUUGUUAGCCAAAUAAGGGACUCCAUUAGAAAAAUCGACAAAGAAUACGUGAGGAAACUUCAGGCUGGUGAGGAUUUAUUCGAGUCAACCAACCAAGGGGAUGAAAAGGGAGAGACGAUCCCUUUAGUUUUCACUAGUUUAUGCAGGUUUCCACUAUACGAAGCUGAUUUUGGUUGGGGAAAACCAGUAUGGAUCGGUUCUGCAAGCUUGAGCGCCAAGAAUCUGGUUGUCUUCAUGGAUACUGCAACUGGUGAUGGCAUAGAAGCUUGGAUUAAUCUAAAGGAGGAAGACGUGGCUAAAUUUGGAAGUGAUGAAGAAUUGCUUGCAACAUUCAAAAGCACUGUUGUUUGGGAAUGAUAGCUACCACAGUUGUCAGAGUUUUAGGUUGCUUUCCAUAUAAUUUGAUUAAGGAAUAAAGAUUAUCUGGUCCUACACCUGUUGUGAAAUAUUUGUAUUUGAUGAUAUAAUAGUUAUUAUACACUUUAAAAUUAAUUUAGUCUAUGGAGAUAAGGCCUCUUUUGUAUGCCCAAUAA